AUGUCGCCCCGGAACAGUCGUGACUACGAAGGGGAGUCGUUUGACGAUGCCCCUGAGACGAUCGAAAACCUCCGUGUUACUAUUCCCAAGUCCUCGUCAGCUCGGUCUUUGACUGAUAGCCCCCCCGUGGGGGUGGGCGCGUCCCCCGACUUAACAGAGAAGUCGCUGGGGAAGCAGCCGGAUGAGGGUGAAGUUGCCGAGGAGGACCAGACGGAGGAGCUACAGGACCAGGAGCUUGGAGACGAGCUGAAGCUUGAGACCGUCGAAGUGAAUGGAGAUGACAAUGCAGACCAACAGGCCGAGCCUGAAGAUCUAGCGGAACAUACUGGAUUGGACGGGAUAGGUGAAGAGGAGACGCAAAGUCGGAACAUUACACCGAAAUCACCCCUACUCACCUCCCACCGUUUAUCGUCUGCUUCGUCCCUGGAUGAGGUGGUCCUCACAACCAGCAAAGAUGAAGAGCCUCUCAACAUGACAGUUCCCGAAAUCAGGCCGGAGCUACCUCCCGUACCCCCCAAAGACGAUGCCGCCUCUCCACCCAGCUCUGGCCUGAAAGGUCUGUCUGGAACGCUACCGUCCUUGCCAUGGGGCCCUCCUCCCGUCAACAAAAAUCCUCCUCCACCCCCUCCCCCACCCCUAGCUCGCAAAGCUAGCGGUCCCUUCGCAUGGUUCUCUCGAAGUUCCGUUGGAGCCAAAGAAGUCAAAUCCCCGCCUCAAGCUGGUACUAGGCGAAACACCUCCACUUCGGUUUCAACCGUCGCCAGCAAUUUGGACCUCGUGGCAGAUGGCGAUGCUUCAAGCGUCAAUUCGAAGAGGCCACGGCGCAAUAGUUUGAAAGAUCAAUUUAAGCUGCUGCGUAUGCGGGAGGAUACCACCUGGGCCGAGCACGAAGAAUCGAGCGCCCGGUCGGGCCCCCCUAGCGUCGGACACCCUGAAUUGAGCCCGCCAAUAAUCCCAGAAGAAAACGAAGACGGAAUUCUGUACCCACCUCCCUCUGGCUCUGCAGUAACUUCUCCUGGAAUUGCAGAUCCGUCUACAAUUAACCCCAGCCUUGCACCGGGUACCGUUUCUGGAUUCGCCAAAUCACCGGACGAUGCAUCAACUCCCGUCGACUGGGAACUUUGGCAAUCACUUGUGAACAAUGGACCUCAGGCCUUGGUGGAUUCGGAGGAGUUGAACUCUGCCAUCAAGAGAGGUAUUCCACAAACCAUUCGAGGUGUCAUUUGGCAGAUUCUGGCAGAUUGCCAUGCUGGUGAAUUGGAGGAUAUAUACCGAGACUUGGUGGCGCGCGGGACUGACAAGGAACGUCGGCCGUCCAAUGGCCAGAUUAGUGGAAUUAUUGAGGAAUCAAACUCAUCCUCACGCUCUUCCAUUCGAUCUGACCAUUCGGGAUCUGCCACACAGUCCGCCAGUGUUAGUCCUUCCCAGGAAACUAACCCUGAGAAGUUGGCCAAGGAACAGUUGGCUAGCGAAACAGCUCGUGCCAAGAGAGCCAAGGAUGAGGCAGUUGCCUUGCAGAAGUUGGAAAAAGUCAUUCGUCGGGAUCUGGGCUCGCGCACAAGCUAUUCUAAAUACUUUGUCUCACAGGGCAGCCAAGAGAGUCUCUAUGGCUUAUGCAAAGGAUAUGCUAUGUAUGAUGAGGCUGUGGGCUAUGCCCAAGGUAUGAACUUUAUUGUCAUGCCUCUGUUGUUCAACAUGGAUGAAGUUGAGGCAUUCGAGCUUCUUGUGAAACUCAUGAACAAAUACGGGCUCCGAGAGAUGUUCAUUGCAGACAUGCCUGGUCUCCAUCGCAGUCUCUACCAGUUCGAGCGACUUCUGGAAGAUCUGGAACCGGCCCUCUAUUGUCAUCUUCGAAGACGUGGAGUCCCUCCGCAAUUAUAUGCUACCCAGUGGUUCUUGACAUUGUUUGCCUAUCGAUUCCCGCUGCAGCUUGUUCUUCGUAUUUACGACCUCAUCUUCGAGGAAGGCCUUGAGCGCACCAUCCUCAAGUUUUCCAUUGCCAUUAUGAGGCGGAAUGCCGAAGCACUUUUGGAAAUGAAGGAUAUGAGCACGCUCACCACUUUCCUGAAAGAGCGACUGUUCGACGCAUAUAUCGACAAGCAACCUUCGGCCUCGUCUAUUUUGGAGUCUGGAUUCUUUGGAAGCUCCGGAGCUGCCGACAAGGAGGUUUACCGCGCCGAUCUGUUGGUCCAGGAUGCCUGCGAUGUCCCUCUCACGCAGGAGAUGAUCAAAUCCUACACUGUCGAGUGGGAGGAGAAGACCCGGACGGAGAAAGAGCGUGAGGCUGAGCUGGAGCACUUGCGACACACCGUGGGCACGCAAGCUGCUCGAGUGCGCUUGCUUGAAGAGCGUGCAGAGGCCUCUGAUAAGGAGCAUGUGCAGCUUGCAUCAGAAUUGGUUCAUGCCAAGGUCGAAAACGAAGAGUUGCGUGAUCUGACCGAUGCACUGAAGCUCCAAGUUAGUGAGCUGAAGAUUGUGGUUGACAAGCAGCCCGGCGAGGUCGAGGAGAAACUGCGUAUGGAGAUGGAGCGCAUCAUGAAACGGAAUAUCGAGGUGCAGAACGAGAACCGCGCCAUGGAGGACUCUAUGGCUGAAAUGGAGAAGGAGCUUGUUUCAACUAAGAUGAAGUGGGCCGAGGUGUCCGAGAACCACGAGACCCUUCGUCAGAAAUGGAGCGACCUUCGCCGGGCCCUUGAUUGA